CUGGGCUCCCUGGAAAAGUCUGCGGAGAGGGAGAGGGAGAGGGGGGACAAGAGAGCCGGAGACGAGAGAUCAUGGCGGCACCUCUCGGACGGGACACCCUACCUGACCACUGGUCAUAUGGAGUUUGUAGAGAUGGCCGGGUCUUCUUUAUUAAUGAUAAAACUCAUAGCACUACUUGGCUACAUCCACGCACUGGUGAACCUGUUAACUCCGGACACAUGAUACGGUCAGAUUUGCCAAGAGGAUGGGAAGAGGGCUUCACGGACGACGGAGCCAGCUACUUCAUCAACCACAACCUGAGGACUACAUCGUUUCGACACCCUGUGACUGGACAGAUUUCCCCAGAAAACACAGAAUACACACUGCAAGACAGGUUAGAAUCCCGUAUGUCCAAGUCAGCAGCCAAUCAGAGAUCCCCCAGCAUGGUCACAGAGUCCCCCAAGGCUGUGACCUCAGCAGCAGUGGACGCCACCUCAGGGUCAAAGGGCUCCAGAGGUACAGGGAAAGUACACAGUUUUGGCAAGAGGGAUCAUGCUAUUAAAAGAAACCUCAACAUCCCAGUGGUGGUGAGAGGCUGGCUCUAUAAACAGGACAGCUCUGGAAUGCGACUGUGGAAACGGAAGUGGUUUGUUUUGUCAGACUACUGCUUGUUUUACUAUAAAGACAGCCGAGAGGAGACGGUUCUGGGUAGCAUCCCUCUGCCCAGUUAUGUCAUUGCACCAGUUGAGCCUGAUGACCACAUAAACCGCAAAUACGCUUUCAAGGCGAGCCAUACAGGAAUGCGCUCCUACAUUUACAAUAAGAACUCUGUGAUUGGCUCACAGGCAGAACACUGCGGGAUGCGGACAUAUUUCUUCAGUGCUGACACACAGGAGGACAUGAAUGGCUGGAUCCGGGCCAUGAACCAGGCUGCGCUGAUGCAGCAGAGUCACACUAUAAAGAGAGAGGUGGAGAAGCCAAAGAAGGCUGCACAGCAGGCAGUCCCACAGACCAACCAUGUCCACGUCAGCCAGAACUUAUCUCAGUCAGAAAGCCUUCGCAGGACUGACAGAGAGGAACCUCCGGAUAACGGCAUCCUACUGACUCAUGGAGACGAGGUGAGGUAUGGAUUAGAGAUCCAAGGGAGACCCAGCCAGUCAGCCACAGAGGAGAGAACAGAGAGACUCUCGCCAGACUCUGUCGAUGGUGCCGCCCACAAGAAUGGUCAGCAAACUGUAAUCCAAGUGGACCUGCCACUGGAACAGAAUGGAAAUCUUGUCUAUCAGAGGGGCUUUGUUUCGCGUGCAGACACUGAGAAACAUGUGCAGAGGAAGAAUACACUGGCUCAGGUGGAGCAGUGGGUCAAAGUUCAAAAAGGGGACCCACAGAAGAGUGCUCCCUCUGCUGAGUACAACCUCCCCCGGCGGACUCCUCCCUUAAAGCCCAAAGCCAGCACAGCGGAUGCCACCUAUCAGUCGUUGCCAAAGUCUCCCCGUCUCCCGUCUGGCAGCAACUCACCUCCGGCAACAUGCAACCUGCCCAGUGACUACAAGUAUGCCCAUGACCGGCUCAGCCACUUCCGCAUGUCCACCGAUGAGCGUAUGGCCACCAAGGAGGGAAUGGUGUGGCAGCUGUAUGAGUGGCAGCAGCGGCAGCAGUUCCGUCAUGGCAGCCCCACUGCUCCUAUCUAUACUGGCCCUAACUUCACAGACUCUUCAUCUUUUAGAGUUACUGUGGAGAUGCCACGUUCCAUCUCUGUCCCUCCGUCCCCGUGUGAAGUCCCACCGUCUGUCCCCACCUCAUUCAAACCCCUGUCCCCUCGCAGGCCACACACUCCUUCAGACAGACGCACAGUCAGGCCCCUGGAUGAAGUGGCACCUGGGGACAGCACAAGAUCCAGCUCCCCUGGCCAUAUUUGUGCCCAACUUUCUCAGACAUCCCAAAUAGAGAGAAGGUCCAUGCCAGCCAUGGGCUACAUCACACACACUGUCAGUGCACCCAGCUUACAUGGCAAAACGCCAGAGGAGCUGACUCUGCUCCUCAUUCAGCUUCGGAGACACCAGGCCAAGAUGGCUGGUGUGCAUAGCCCCAGCGAUGCGUUCGCUCACCUGCAGCACCACCAGCACAACGGCCUUCUAGGCCCCAGCAUGCAGGCUGAUGAUACUUACAUACAACUGAAGAAGGACCUGGAGUAUCUAGAUCUGAAGGUGGGCUCCAACAAAAUCCAAAGUAUUGACCCGAUGAUCGUUUCAGUACACAAUGUGUUUGAAAACUCCACUCCGAGUUUUGGGUACUGUUGGAAUGUUACUGGACGUGAGCAUUUAAAAACAGAAAGACCAUCAAGGCCUGUGAAAAUAGCAGAAAGUGAUGCUGAUGUGAAAUUAAGUCGACUGUGUGAACAGGACAAGAUUCUACAGGAGCUAGAGGCCAGGAUACGCACUUUGAAGGAGGACAAGGACAAGCUGGAGUCUGUGCUGGAUGUUUCCCACCAGCAGAUGGAGCAGUACAGCGAUCAGCCGGCCCAUGCUGAGAAGAUUGCCUAUCAGCAGAAAUUACUGCAAGAGGAUGUGGUGCACAUCAGGGCUGAAAUAUCCCAAGUCUCAACAGAGAUGGAGUACGCAUGGAAUGAGUACAGCCGGCUGGAGAGAGAUGUGGACUGGCUAAAGUCAGCCCUGCAGGGACAGAUGAACCGCAGCGAUCUCUCUCAGCAAGAGAAAGUCCAGAUCAGAAAAGAGCUGUGGAGGAUUGAGGAUGUUAUCGCAGGCCUCAGCACCAGUAAAGCCAAUUACAAAGUCACUAUUUCCUCUGUUACCAACCCAGAGAGGAAAUUUGUGCCUUCAGUGUCGGCAUCAUCAGUGCCUUCUGUGUCUGGGAGCCCUUCUGCUAUGGAGAUGAGAUUGUCCCAGCAGCAGCAGCAGCACAGCCCCCACCUUAGCCCAAGUAGCCAUACCCCCACCCUUUCCUCCAGCCCCAGCCAGAAGCCCUUACACCACUCUGUAACCAUCACCAGUGGGCUUAAAUGGGGUGAGGAUGAUGUGCCUCCCAGACCUCCUCUACCUCAGCUCUACAGUCCUGAUGAGCAUCCCCCUGCUGUGCCCCCGUUGCCCCGGGAGACAACGGUCAUAAGACACACUUCUGUACGUGGCCUCAAACGACAGUCAGAUGAACGCAAAAGGGACAGAGAGAUUGGCCAGUACACUAAUGGAGACAGUAAGGUGGAACUUAGGCCUUUCCUGAGCGAUCCAGAGCUUAUGGGAGCUGGAGACGGCUCGAGCCACAUCAGUGUAGUAGCAUCUGGACAUGGUGGUUAUCAGACGUUACCUAGUAGAGGAGUGGCUGGCUCCUCGCUUAGGCUAAAUCAGUCUUCAAGCAUCUCUUCAUAUGUGACCCUCCGAAGAGCAGCCUCAGCUGUCAGCAUGAAGGAGAGACCAAAAAGUGCCUUGGAGCGUCUGUACUCUGGGGAACCGGCGCAGCAGCAGCAGAGGGGGAAGAUGAGUGCUGAUGAGCAGCUGGAGAGGAUGAAGAGGCACCAGAAGGCCCUUGUCCGCCAGCGCAAACGCACCCUGAGUCACGGAGACCGCCACGCCUCUCUAUCGCCACGCUCCUCGUCCUCAUCCUCGCGCCCACUUUCAGCAGACUUGGGAUCAUGGAAGAGAGAGCAGGACUUUGACCUGCAGUUGCUCGAGAGGGCUGUUCAGGGGGAGGAGGCACAGGGAGUUAGGAGCGUUCAGGGGGAGGAAAGACUUCCGGAGCACAAAGAGAGACCCCGCUCGCAUUCUGAUGAAUGGCUGACCUUCCGCUCCAUGGCCACAACCCCUCCCACCCAUGAGGUCGACCUGGAACCACUAGAGUAUGACCUGGACCUUAACAAAGAGCUUUCCAAGCCUCAGAAAGUGUUGAUCCCAGAGCGCUAUGUGGAUUCAGAGCCUGAGGAGCCCCUCAGUCCGCAGGAGGUGGAGGAGCGCCAUCGUAAGGUGGAGCGCAUCAAAAGCAUCUUGGCAAAGUCCAGUGUGCAAAACCUAGCACCGACAGUGACUGUGGACAAGCCAGAGGUAGGGCUGGUGGCACUCGACUCAGCUCUGCAGGAGCAGGAGAGGAUCAUCACUAUGUCCUACGCUCUCGCCUCGGAGGCUUCGCUCAAGAGCAAACUGGUCGCAGUUCCAACACAGGCUAACAUCCCCACCCCUCCUCCCCCACCCCCACCCCCUCCUCCGCCUCCACCUCUUCCUCCUGUAUCUCUGGCGCCUCCUUCUCCUCUAAGCAACGGGAUUCACUACACGUUUGUCUAAUCCGAGAAAUAAACUCAAGCAGUUUCUGGACACUGAGGUGCUAUUCCAUGAUGACAAAAAACAACUGGAUUUUGAAGAUGAGAGGAUGAAGAUUUUGUUUGAUUUUGGACAUUUGCACCCCUCCAUACAGCAGUACUAAACAUUUCACCUGCUCUCUGAGGCUCACGCAGCAUUGACUCGUUAAAGUGUUUCUAGUUGCUGAGAGCGACAGGAAAAUGGAAGACUUUGCAAUGGGAGCUGCUGUGCUUAUUAACUAUGGAAGUGUCUAACAAAUGUUAAUUUCAUAAUAAUAAAAAAAUAUUUUCUACAUGUUAUUGCACUUUGAAUUGUACACUGUAUCAUGUUUUCAAUGUAUGACUGAAUUGCUUUUACUUGCAGUGUGAUCUAAACAGGGAACUUGUUUGUUUUUUCAUCAGGUACAGGGUGUUAAGAACAAGAGGUACUAAAUGUGUCAUGAUGGAAGUAUUUUUGUCAAAAAUAAUAUUCUUACACCAAACCACUUGAAAUAUCAUAUGUAUGUACCUGUAGCACUGCCAGUCUCCUUUUAGCUUGCCAGAAUGAAUUUUAUUUUUGCUUACAUCAGGACGAAAAUAACCUUUAACAUAUUUUCUGUGUGACUGGGGAAGGUUGCACAAUGGAAAUUUAUAAAAAUGUGAAUAUUAAAGAUAUUAACACAA